AUGGAGAAACGUUCAAUCGUGUUUUAUCCCAGCUUAAUCUUUGCCGUCGUGCAUAUUUGCGCGACGAUUGGUGAAGUUUCUCACUGUAAUUCUGGAGUCACAGUGAAAGAUCUUCUCAAGUUAGCCAGGGUUCACGAAGCAAGCGCACAAUCUUAUGCUGCAAAGUUGAAACAACACAAAAUCGAUCAAACUGUUCUCGGCAGUCUGACAUUACAACAGCUUCAAUACAUCGGAAUUACAGCGCUCGGAGAUCGUCUGAAGAUCUUCAAUUUCUUCUCGAAAGAUACUGACGAUUGCGCCAGCUCGCCAUGUCAGAACAAGGGCUUGUGUCGAGACGGCCAUCGUUGCUUUUCGUGCACUUGCGACCCCAAUGGUGGAUAUUAUGGCCUGAGUUGUGAGUUAAAGUGCCCCUGCCUUAACCGCGGUGUUUGCAAGACAAGCCAAAGUGGCGGUUUUGAGUGCGUUUGCCCGCCAGGCUACUCCGGUGAUUUAUGUAACACGAAGUAUUUGACUGCGGAAAAAUUCUUAAAACUUGAGGAAACAUUACAACAGCUACAAACAAGACUAACAGAAAGCGAACAACGAAUCAAGAAUCAGGAUGCUCAGAUAAAGGAACUACAAUCCCGUCCAACUGGAUCUUGGAAAUUUUAUCGUGCAGAUGGGAACCUUGGCCCACUCGAUAAGAUUCAACCACAUAUACCAAGACCGACCUAUAUCCAAAGGUUACCAAUUGACCUUCCCGUGAACACCAGAGCCAUCAUCAUUUCGGUAUUUUCGUAUUUCUUCAAUGGCAGAGGUUACAACGAUUUGAAUUACAUCAUCCACCAAAGAGACAACGACAGUCCGACAACCAGAGCACGAGCCGAAAAUUACCAUCACAACAUCCAUGGUAACUCAUUCCUGUACGAGCAAAUGAUUCCUUGGAACACCUCUUUUCCCAAUGAAUUGGUCUUCAAAAGCUGGAGGUCAGUCAUUUCUGCUGACGGAAACUGGUAUCGCAUGCGUUUGGUUGGUUACAUAACUUCUCCAUAAAAUGAAAUACUUUGAAACAAAAUCACUUAAUGUAUGUUGGUAUAAUUGAGGAGUAUAGCUCAUUAAGGAAUUUGCAUGUAAAAUUCGUUCCAUAGUUAACGAACUAAUACUACGAAUAGAAGCUCACUCACUCUCACUC